AUCCAAGUAGUGCAUUUUAGAAAAAAAACCCCAAAUAAACACCACCACUACCAUUGAUGCCCGAGAAGAGGAACAAGCAAAAGAAGAAACUUUCCCAAAUGCCAUGUCCAUAUCCUCCUCUUCUCUUUCUCUUCCUCUUUCUUCUCCCACUCGCGACCUCUAAAACUGCCGACGACAAGGUUUUACUCAGAGGAGAUCAGACUAUUCUGAGCGCGAAUAAGAUUUUCCGGCUUGGGUUCUUCAGCACCACCAAUGGCAAGAUAUCGCCUCCAUCUCCGACCCUGUCUCCAUUGCCGUCCUCCGGUUGGUACUUGGGAAUCUGGUACGCUUCCAUACCUAUCCCGACGUACGUGUGGGUCGCGAACCGGAACCGACCCCUUUCGGAUCCGGGCUCGUCUUCCCUGGAGCUCACCGCCGACGGAAACCUUGCCGUGAAGGACUCCCGGAACGGCAUCGUUUGGCGGACGGAGAACGAGGAGCCGGGAACGGAUUUCCGGUUCCUGGAAACCGGUAAUCUGGUUUUGGUACGUGACGGUUUAAAGGUUUGGCAGAGCUUCGACCAUCCGACGGACACGUGGCUUCCAGGGAUGAACGUCACCGGUCAAACGUUGUUGACUUCGUGGCGGACGCUGUUCGACCCGUCGUCGGGGUUCUACACCCUGAGGCUGAACCCAUUAGGGUUCAACGAGUUCCAGCUUGUCUACAAUGGCACCGUUCCUUACUGGUCAUCCGGUAACUGGACUGGCGACUUAUUCACCGGCGUGCCAGAGAUGACCGUUCCGUACAUCUACAGAUUCAAUUUCGCGAACCCGUACAAACCCACGGCGUCGUUUUGGUACACAGUGAUGCCGCUGGACGCGGCGCACGAGCCGCAGCUUACGCGGUUUCAGGUGGACGCGGAGGGUCGGCUGAAGCAAUACACGUGGGAGCCGCAGACGCAGAGCUGGAGCAUGUUCUGGUUGCAGCCCGACGACCGGUGCCGUGUUUACGGUCUCUGCGGCGAGUUAGGCUUUUGCCAGUGCGGGCUGCUCAAGCCUUGUAUCUGCAUCCCCGGGUUCCGGCCGAUGGACGUCGGCGCGUGGAGUUCCGGGGAUUACAGCGGCGGAUGCCUCCGUGAGACGGGUGACUCCUGCAACCGGAAAGACCGGUUUGAUUCGGUGGGCGAUCUGCGGUACGAUGGCGAAGCCCAAACCUCUGCUGUUCGGGGAAACAUGAGCUUUUGCGAGAGAUUCUGCUUGGGAGAUUGUUCUUGUGUCGGAUUUUUCCACGACGAGAAGUUGAAUCUCUGCAAGAUUAUACUCCAACAGCCGUUGAAUCUGAAAAAUUCGAGCUCCUGGAUGGGCAGUAAUGGCGAGAUAUUAUACAUCAGGGUUCCGAAGGGAAAACCCACAAAGAAAAAUGUCUCAAGGUCCAUUAUUGUAUUAUGCAGCGUUUUCGGGUCGAUCUCGAUUCUAGGGUUGACAUUGUUGCUGUCUUUAGGUUGGUUGAAGAGAAGCAGAAACAGGAAGAAGAAAACAACCGAGGAUGAAGCAGAGUUUGCAGUGUUGUAUCUAAAAGUCUUCUCUUACAAGGAGCUUCAAUCAGCCACCCUAGAUUUCUCGGACAAGCUCGGACAUGGUGGAUUUGGUGCGGUAUUCAAAGGAACAUUACCUGAUUCCUCUAUCGUAGCCGUGAAACGCCUAGAGAGACCGGGAAGCGGCGAGAGAGAAUUCCGGGCAGAGGUCUGCACCAUUGGCAAUAUUCAGCACGUCAACCUGGUUAGACUCCGAGGCUUCUGCUCGGAGAACUCUCACAGAAUGCUUGUGUACGAUUACAUGCCAAACGGACCACUGAGCUCAUACUUGUGUAGAACGAGUCCGGCAUUGUUGAGUUGGGACGUUCGAUUCAGAAUCGCGUUGGGAACCGCUAAGGGAAUCGCGUAUCUUCAUGAGGGCUGCAGGGACUGUAUUAUUCACUGCGAUAUCAAACCCGAGAACAUUCUCUUGGACGCCGAUUUCACUGCCAAAGUGUCUGAUUUCGGGUUGGCAAAGCUCGUGGGAAGGGACUUCAGCCGGGUUCUGGCAACGAUGAGAGGCACUUGGGGCUAUGUCGCGCCGGAAUGGAUUUCGGGUUUGCCAAUCACGACCAAAGCCGAUGUUUACAGCUUUGGAAUGACGUUGCUGGAGCUGAUUGGGGGCAGAAGGAACGUCAUUUUCAAUUCGGAUACCACCGGGGAUAAGGAAGAGACCGAGACAGAGACCCAGAAAUGGUUCUUUCCGCCAUGGGCAGCGCGGGAAGUGAUAGGAGGGAACGUGGGCAAGGUGGUUGAUGGUAGGCUAAACGGGGAAUAUGACGUGGAAGAGGCGAGGAGGGUGGCGAUGGUGGCGAUAUGGUGCAUACAGGACAGCGAGGAGAUGAGACCGGCCAUGGGGACAGUGGUGAAGAUGCUUGAAGGAGUGGUGGAAGUGGCCGUUCCUCCGCCGCCUAAAUUAAUACAAGCCCUUGUCUCCGGCGAUUCUUACCGGGGCCGGAAAAGUGACGGCGGUUCGAAUUUCAAUACUGGAUUGUCCAGUGCCGGCUCACGGUCUUCUUGUACUAAACCCUUGUCUCCUGACGAGUUUUAGUUGUCUGAGAAGAUUAAUCAUCUGUGUAAUUUUGUCCGAACGAACUUAAAUGUGCAAUUUUUGCCCUUCCGAAUCGGAGAGGGUUUUUCAUA